GUUUUCCCGGUAGGAAAAUAUAUUAAGCAGUUAGGAUAAUGGAUGUGCAAACUGAAAUGGAGUUUGCGGUGGAGAUGACAUGCAAUGGAUGUGUUGAUUCAGUUAAAAAGGUUCUUAACACAGACUUAGUUGAUCUCGUUUCUGUUGAUCUUGACAAACAGAGGGUAGUAGUUAAAAGUAAACUGGGUUUUCAGCAAGUACAGGACAUGCUGGAAACUACAGGUAAAAGAGCUGCAUUUAUGGGGCAUGGGGCAAGCAUGCAGCGGCAACACCUUGGAGCUGCAGUGGCUGAAAUAUCAGGGAGGUUUGUAAAAGGAGUUGUAAGGUUGCUACAACUAGAUCAAAACUUGUGUCUCAUUGAGGGUACUGUAGACGGUUUAUCACCGGGGAAGCAUGGACUCAAUAUUCAUGAGUUUGGGGACUUAUCUGAUGGAUGUAGCAGCUGUGGUGAGCACUAUAAUCCAUAUAACUACAAGCAUGGUGGUAAGAAUGAUGCUCAGAGACAUGUGGGAGAUCUUGGAAACAUAGAAGCUAGAAGUAAUGGAAGGGCAACUUUCAGAUUCCUUGAUGAUAAGGUUAAGGUUUGGGAGAUAAUUGGAAGGUCAAUGGUUGUCCAUGAGGGAGAAGACGAUGAAGGGAAAGGAGGACGGGAGACAUCAAAAAUCAAUGGGGCUUCAGGACCAGGCAUUGCGUGCGCCAUUGUAGCACGGUCUGCUGGAUUGUUUCAAAAUAACAAACAGACUUGUGCUUGUGAUGGAGUAUCUGUGUGGGACGAAAGGAAUGUACCUUUAGCAGGUGCAGAGAGAAGCAAGCAUAAACAGAAAUUGUAGUUUAUUGUUUUAAAUUUAAUUCCUCAUCAUUGUGAAAUGUUUCUUUGAUUAGUGUUGUACAUCCGCAAAGACCCCAACAGUUUAAUAAUACCUGAGCUUAAUUAGCAUCCUUGGCACUUAGCAAUGCAUAUAGGCAGUGGUACAGCUCAACCCUUCUGUUUACCAAAAUUUGUCAAUCUAUUAUAUCGCUUAUCGUUUCUAUUUGUUCUUUUUAAAGUUGGCUGUGCCACUGCAUUUUUAGGGGUGUUCCUUUGUAAAAUCAUGUUGUUUCA